GCUUUCAUCUUAUAUAUAGGCCUUCAGUCACUUGCUACAGCUCUGGCCAAAUUAGACUCAUUUAUGACUUUAAGCUUCGAGAACUGUGCUAGCAUAAUAACAUCUCGUGUUAAUCUCUUAUAUCUGCCAUAUACUACUUCCUUAGCUUUUCCAUAAACACAAGGAAGAAAAGAGUUUUGCUCCAUCCAUCUUGAGCUUAUCCUGUGCCUGACAGUGCUGCUUUGACUCAAUAACCUCAUGAGGAACUUCAAGGCUGUUGGUCAAGCCAUCACUGCUCUCUUCAUCAUCUCUCUGAGUGCAUGGUGUUAUGGACAAGUAGAACUUGACAUGGCUCCAAUGGAGAAGGCAGAGCGGGAUGCUCUAUACUCCACCAUUCAAGGCUUUGUUGGUGAUUGGUGGAAUGGCUCAGAUCUCUAUCCAGAUCCUUGUGGCUGGACUCCUAUUCAGGGGGUCUCUUGUGAUCUGUUUAAUGGAUUUUGGUAUGUUACUGUCUUGAACAUUGGACCAAUCCACGAUAAUUCUCUAAGUUGUGCCAAAAUUUUGGAAUUCAGACCACAGUUGUUUGAGCUGAAGCACCUUAAAGCUCUAUCCCUAUUCAAAUGCUUUGAAUCACAACACAGGCAUCAAGUUACCAUCCCCAAUGCAAACUGGGAAAAGCUUGCUGGCAGCUUAGAAUCACUUGAGUUUAGAUCAAACAGAGGUCUCAUUGGAAAAAUUCCUUCAAGUUUUGGUGCCCUCAAGAACCUUCAGUCACUAGUACUAUUAGAAAAUGGUUUAACAGGUAAAAUUCCACCAGAUAUUGGUAAACUGAACAAGUUGAAGAGGCUUGUUCUUGCUGGAAACCAUUUUAGUGGACACAUUCCAGAUAUUUUUAGUGCAUUAGGCGAGUUAUUAAUUCUUGAUUUAAGUAGAAAUUCACUAUCUGGGACUUUACCUUUGACACUUGGAAGCUUAACUUCCCUUUUGAAGCUUGAUGUGAGCCAUAACCAUUUGGAGGGGAAUCUGCUGAAAGAAUUUGCUUAUCUUAAGAAUUUGACCCUUAUGGACCUUAGGAAUAACAGAUUCUCUGGAGGGUUGACAUUGAGUAUUCAAGAGAUGUAUUCUUUAGAGGAAAUGGUUCUGUCCAACAAUGCAAUAGGUGGGGAUAUCAGGACCCUUAAGUGGGAAAACCUUCACAACUUGAUCAUUUUGGAUCUCUCUAACAUGGGGUUGAAAGGGGAAAUUCCUGAGUCUAUAUCGGAAUUAAAGAGGUUGAGGUUUUUAGGCCUUAGUGACAACAACCUCACAGGCAACCUUUCACCAAAUCUAUCUACUCUUCCUUGUCUCAAUGCACUAUAUGUUAGUGGCAACAAUUUGACAGGAGAGCUUAAAUUCUCUGUGGAGUUUUAUGGAAAAAUGAGAACACGUUUUGGGGCCUGGAACAACCCUAGCCUUUGCUACCCUCUUGGAGUAAUAUCAACAAGUCAUGUUCCAUAUGGGGUAAAACCAUGCCAGCAAGAGAUCAAAUUGCUAAAAUCUAAUACAACUGAUGGGGAUGUGAAGAGGACUUUCCAUUCCAUAGCCUCUUUGAGCCAUACUCCUAAUUCCUUCUGGUGGAUUUUUCUAUUUUUUUUAAUAUCUUAUUUAGGUCUUUAAUCAAGAGUAGUUCAACUUUGGCUUUUACUUUUUUAUUAGGGUUAUUAAUUACAACAACCUUUAUUGUACUUUGUUAUGACAUAAGUUAACCGUUUUUUUUCAA